AUGUCAUACAAAGAGUGCAUCUACAAAGCCAAGUUAAGUGAAAAAGCCGAACGUUUUGAACAAAUGGUUGACUGUAUGAAAGCAGCUGUUAAAUUAGCAGCCGAAGCCCAAGAGAAGAUGAGUAUAGAGGAAAGGAAUAUGCUAUCAGUGGCUUAUCGCAAUCAGGUGGGAGUAAGAAGAACUUCUUGGCGCAUUCUCAGUAAGACUCUCCAGGAGACAAGAACGGCUGAACCUCAAAAUACCAGACAUCUAGAGAUAAUAGAGGAGUAUAUUAAGGUGAUAGAGGAUGAACUGAAUUUAGCUUGUGAUGAUUUACUUAGUCUUUUGGACUCUUACUUAAUUGAUGGUUCAACUGAGGAUAUUAAUGUCUUCUUCUUGAAGAUGAAAGGGGAUUACUUGCGAUAUAAGGCUGAAAUUGCUUCAGCUGAAUCUUUGCCUGAGAUAUCUAGUGCAGCCCAUGAAGCUUAUCAGAAAGCCACUGAUAUUGCUAAUGGGAAUUUACCUUGUACUAAUCCUACUAGAUUGGGUCUUUGUCUUAACUAUUCGGUCUUUUGUUUUGAAAUCUUGAAUGAGCGCAAUCGGGCGAUUGAAAUGGGGAAGAAGGCAUUUGAUGAUGCUAUUGCUGAGUUGGAUAGUUUGACUGAGGAUAGUUAUAAGGAUUCGACUUUGAUUAUGCAGUUACUGCGUGAUAACUUAUCCCUAUGGACAACUGAGUAUGGCGAGGAAGUUUCUUCAUAA